AUGCCUCAUCUGCAUCACCAUCGAAGACGUCACUCCUGGCCUUUUGGCAGUCCAGCCGCGCAGCUGCGCGAAAGAAAAAUCGCCCGGAACUCCAGCGCACUAGGUCCAUCGACGCUCGCGGAGCUCGAAGAACACUACUUGGCACCCAUCGUCUCCGAAGAUCUACCGGAAGAUGAUGCUGCAUCUGCCGGAAUUGUGCGGACGAAGACGAUGCGGUCCCACCGAUGCACAGUCUCGCUACGACAGAUGAUCCGUCCGCCUCUUGAUAAGGCUCGAUCGCUGUUUGUUUUGCCUACAACUACUUCAGCUGGGAAACAGGUCGUGGUCUCCGUUUGGGUGCCUCAAGCGGCUGAGACACAACCAGCUUAUACGUUCGCUGAUCGGGGGAGAAAAACAACAACCACUGACGAUUCUGAUUACUUAACGGCUGAGAGGAAUCAUCGAAGGUGUCAUUCGGAGCAGCCGCGGUCAUGGAGGGCGCCGAGCGCGAGUCUCUGGACACUUUUGGAGGAGUGA